CGAGUUUUGGGCAGCUCUUUCCCGAGGGACGACCAGCCCAAAUUUCGUUAGCCAAGAAUUUCUUUUAAAGCGUCUCCUCCUCCCUGGGGGGCAUCUCGCCUGUCGCCGAUCCGAACCUUCGGUGUCGCUCCCUCUUUCUCCCUCUCUCAUUACUUGGCAACUAAACCAGCGCACUAGUUCUUGCAGAGUCCCAACCAAAACCACCCUUCUCCUUCUCUCUCUCCUUCUCUCUCUCUCUACCUGGUGUCGCUCUCUUCUUUUAGGGAGGGGAUGAUUCUGCAUCGUUUUCAAUGAAAGUAGCCGAUAUUUCAGGCGAGGCGUAACAACCAUUUUUGGACCGAGCAUCCAUCCCCACCUCCCCCUCUUCAAGCCUUCCCCCAAAUCAUCCCCGCUCCCACCGCACACCUCCCCUCUCCCUUUCUCUCUCUACAUUCUCUCUCUUCCUCCCGGGAUUUCGCGCGUCUGUUGGCCGGUGGAUGGUACCGGAUUCGGUUCGCGCGGGGUCGGUGCGGCGAAGGAGGCGGUAGUUUCGUGGCUGUUGCUGUGCCCUCUCUUCUCCAUCAUGACCACCGGUGGUCACCCGCUGAUCUCCGUUCAUCCGGACGAGCUCAAAUUCAAUUUUGAGCUGGAAAAACAAAGCUACUGUGAUCUUAAAGUCGUAAACAACACAGAACACCAUGUCGCUUUUAAGGUUAAAACAACUUCUCCUAAGAAGUAUUUUGUACGACCUAACACCAAUGUUAUACAGCCUUGGGAUGCAUGUUUCAUACGAGUCACUCUCCAAGCUCAACUGGAAUAUCCCCCUGACAUGCAAUGCAAAGACAAAUUUCUUCUGCAGAGUACAAUAGUGCCAGCAAAUUCAGAUGUUGAUGACCUGUCUCCAGAUACUUUCAAUAAGGAUGGAGGAAAAACAGUAGAGGAAUGCAAGCUAAGAGUUCUGUAUGUUUCUCCUAAAACAGGUCAAGAAAAUUUAGAAGAGAAUAUGCUGAAGAGCUCCAGACAAAGUUUUGAUGACUCCACUAAUCAGUCUGUGCAGCAACUGAAGGAUGAGAGAGAUGCAGCUGUUCGGCAAACACAGCUCUUGCGGCAGGAAUUGGAGAUGCUGAGGAGACGAAGGCAUCGAAAAAGUGAUGCUGGCUUCUCCCUCAAAUUCGCACUUCUCGUGGCUCUCAUUGGAAUCAUGGUUGGAUUCCUUUUAAACCUAUCGCUGUCUUCACCGUCGGCAGAAUAACUUCCAAUGAAAGAAAGUAUCGAUAUCCUUGUAAAAUUUUGCCGGCUCUGUUUGGAUGCAAGUUUUCCCCAAUGUUUUUUCCCUUUGCUUUCCCAUUUUUGUGCAUUCUAGUAUUUACACACUCGUGUCUUAUAGGCUCGUUUGUCAGCUAUGUCCUGGAGAGUAUCUGGCAUUAGUUUGGGUUUGCACCCAUCAAAUGAUCAUCUUUCGAACUUGCCGAACGGUGUGAGAACGGAGCUUAUGAAUAAUUAUUUGGUUAAUUUGCAUUUACCUCGAUUCUU